UCCGAGUAGAUUUGUGCUGGUGCGUUGCGCAUUAUGCCCCACUGCUUUAACCUUAUUUUCUUUAUUUUUUUGUUUUUCCCCCAAACACAUUCCAAAUUUAUUUCAUCAGCUUCUUGUAUAUUUUUAUAAAAGGACGGGCGGAGGAGAAACACAGGGAGAGAGAAGGGGAUGGCCGAAAAGAGAAGCCUAUGGGCGCACGCUGCGCUAUGCUGUUUCAUCAUUCGCUAAAUUUAAAAAUAAUCGCUGUCGUUUGUUGCUAAUCCAACUCUGAUCCUAGAGCAAAAAAUAUUUUAACCACCGUUUUAGAUUCUUAAUCAAUCUUUUUUUCUUAAAAAAAAUCAUUAGGACUUCUUUUUGGAUUUUUUAUGGUAAUGGCGGAUACGGAGAGUUGCAGUAGUAGAGCGGUGGAUUUCGCGCCGAGUCAGAGACGAAAACAGAGAGAAAAGAUUGAAGUGUAUAAUGAAGUUCUUUGUCGACUUAGGGACUUGAAUAUUGAGGAGUCAACGUUCCCUGCCUUUGAAGAUGAACUUUGGGCUCAUUUCUCUAGACUUCCUACUAGGUAUGCACUUGAUGUAAAUGUGGAGAGGGCAGAAGAUGUUCUUAUGCACAAAAGAUUACUUUCUAAGGCACGUGAUCCUGCUGGCAGACCUGCGAUCCAAGUUCGGCUUGUGCAACUUCGUUCUGCCAUGGAUGGAAGCCAGGUUGAGUCGGUGCAGAUGAAGUUUGCAGGAAAAGCUGAUGCCCAGUGUUCAGAUUAUCCCAAUAAAAAGAGGGUGCAUCCGCCACCUGCCUUUGGCACAUCAUCAGAUCUUGAGUUUGUGCAUAAUGCUAAAAGAGUGGUCAAAGACAUGGAAGUUAUGUUUAGUGCUAAACCAAUUCACUAUCGGCUGAUGCAUGAGAUCACUAUUUCAACAAAUGACAAACCAAAACUUCUGGCACAGUUGACUUCUUUAUUGUCUGAACUUGGGUUGAACAUUCGGGAAGCACAUGCUUUUUCCACGACAGAUGGCUAUUCCUUGGAUGUGUUUGUUGUUGAUGGUUGGGCCCUUGAGGAUACCGAGCAGCUCAGAAAUGUAUUGGUAAAGGAGAUAUCCAAAGUUGAGAAGCUUUCCUCUGUAAGAUCUCAUGCAAUAAAUCAUGUUAGGGAGCUAGAGAAAACUGGAAACAAACUUAACUCCAGUCAUGUAAACAUGCCUGGUAGUGGAAAUGAUGUUUGGGAAAUUGAUACUAGCCUGUUGAAGUAUGAAAGCAAAUUGGCUUCCUGCUCCUAUGGUGAUUUGUAUAAAGGUACUUUUUAUGGUCAAGAUGUAGCUAUCAAAGUUCUUAGGAUGGAGCAUCUAAAUGAGAACCUCCGAAGGGAAUUUACUCAAGAAGUUAAUAUCAUGAGGAAAAUUCAGCACAAGAAUGUUGUUCAAUUCUUCGGUGCAUGUGCAACCCCUCCUAACCUGUGCAUUGUGACAGAGUUUAUGUCUGGUGGAAGCAUUUACGACCUUCUGCAUAAACAAAAAUCUGGUUUUAAGCUUCCAUUAUUACUCAAACUAGCAAUUGAUGUUUCUGAGGGAAUGAGCUACUUGCAUCAAAAUGGUAUAAUGCAUAGAGAUUUGAAAGCUGCCAAUCUUUUGAUGGAUGAAAAUGGAGUGGUCAAGAUAGCUGAUUUUGGUGUUGCCAGGGUGCAAGCUCAGCCAGGUGUGAUGACUGCUGAAACAGGAACAUAUCGUUGGAUGGCUCCAGAGGUGAUUGAACACAAACCGUAUGAUCACAAGGCUGAUGUUUUUAGUUUUGGAGUCGUGCUAUGGGAAAUGCUUACUGGAAAGCUACCAUACGAGAAUUUAACACCCUUACAAGCAGCGGUGGGCGUAGUCCAGAAGGGUCUAAGGCCUGUUAUUCCUCAGCAUACUCGCCCAAAAUUUGUAGAGCUGCUGGAGAGAUGCUGGCAACAGGAUCCAUCUCUACGACCUGAAUUUUCUGAAAUUACAAAUCUUUUGGAAGACUUAGCCAGUAGAUAGAGGAAAGUUGCAAAUAACAUCAUUUGCCUACCCAUUUUGUUAAUAAAUACUAGAUAACCUUGAAAAGAGUUGCAGACAAGAAAAAAGCGGAUUGGCAGAAUUUGAAUCUCGAAGAACAUAUGAAACAGCUUUUAGUCCAGGAAUCACGAAAGAUGGAAUUUGUAGCCUGUAAUAUACAUUCUUUUUUUUUUCUUUCCACGUGGAUUUAAACGAUUUUUCUUAAGUGAUGGACAUCAAAGCUACAUGACAA